AUGUCACAAGCCAGCAAUUUUUCCAAUUUCCUGGCCCGAAACCGGACGGUAGUGAUUGGCGCGGGCGUGGCGCUGAUUCUAGCGAUGGGCGCGUUCAUCGCGUUCAGCGGCGAUUGUAAAGACGACGGAAUCGCCAAACCCGCCAAAAAACUUUGCUCGAAACGGAAGAAGGUGGGUUUUUUAUUUUUAUAAUUGCCUUGGGCAUAGGUUUUUUAACUUUUAAAAUUGCCUUAGGCAUGGGUUACUGUAUUUUUGCAUUGGGCGUGGUUUUUUGGGGAAUUGUUUGGUUUGGGGCCUUUAAAACAAAAUUAAGGUCCAUAUGACAACGUUUUUUCAACUUUUUGAACUAUUUUUGAAAUUUAUCAAAAUUUGGGUAAAAAUUUUUAAAAAGCAUAAAAUUAUACACCUACUCGAUAAUUUUCAUUAAUGUAUAUUAAGUUUUGGCAGAGAUACAUUCAAUUGAAAAUGUCAAAAAUCCAAAAAAGUUCGAAUCCGCUUGGAAACUUAACCUUGUUUUAGUCUUUUAAGCUUUGUUUUCGUUUGUAAACACUGUUCUAUGUAUUUUAAAACGUUUCGAAGAUACAUAUUAUUUUUAAAAUGAUCUGUAAAGUCUAUUUUCAAAUCGAAAAAAAUUCGGUCAAAGAAGUUUUGUGAGUAAAAAAAUAGCUUUUAAAGGCGCUUUUUAGGUAACAAUACGUUGGAGAGUAAAGAAAAAUGGCUGUUUUUAGGUUUUUUUUGUAACGAUAGUUUAGUUUUUACCAUUUUAUAAUUUUCAAAUGAUUUUAAGCCCCAAAAAUUCACAUUUUCGAAAAUUUUCAUUUCCCAAAACCUCUUGCCAUGGAUAAUAUAACUCCUUUUCAGAAAAAGCGUUCAAAGAAAGGAAGUGACACGCCGUCGAAUCGUUCCCACGGUUCAUCAACGUCAAGUGGUCCCACUACGGCCGACACCGCCCUCAGUCCGUCGGUACCGGCAAUGCCUGCGGCUAACCCCGAAACACCACCAGCGCCGAUGACUGAAGGUGGACCACCAGCGCCACCACCAGCCGACCCGCUCUAA